AUGGACAGUCUCGUCUUUAGCGAGCACGUAGUGCAUGCCGUGUCCAACCUCAAAGAUCUUGACUGGGAUCUUGGGGACCCUGAGCCUCGUGACUGGCUGGGAUUUCAACUCGCGAGAGAUCACGGCUUCACCAGACCUAAAAACCACAGACCAGAAUGGCCGGCAAAGGGACCAAGAUCUCUGUUCAUGCUGGCCCUCGAGACUGCGGCAAAGAACAUUCAGAAUAUCGACGACUAUUGGCUCGAGUCCAUCGCCAAGCCUGAAUGGAUUAAGAUGAUGUGGCGGUACUUGAGGCCUGAGGAUGGAGAUUUGUCCAGAGAGCUCUCGCUUGCAGCCUGGAAGAAGUUCAACAAAUUCCUUCCUGAUGACCCAGAGUGGGGUACUCAGUUGGCAUUCAACUACAAGCAGAUCCGCGUUCCAACCGCCGCGGACUUUGCGAUUUAUACCAAGCCCCUAACAUCAACUGCCUCUUUCGACUUCGUUGCUCACCUGAGGAUCUCGGGCCUCUGUCCGAUCAAACCGCAGAACCUGAUUCUGCUUGCUGGACUCAAGAAUCUUGGUGUGUUGGAGGUGAUUGAGCAAUUCGAUGCGGCUGCUUCGUUUCCUGGAGCAGUCAGCGAUCGCGUGGUCCGUAUCUAG